UUGAAUUUGAAUUCAGGCAACAGCUAACAACUAGUAAGGAUAUUAGUCAUCUCUAGCGGCACAACACAAGCUGAGAAUUUUACAGCAACACUGAAUUUCCUGCUGAAAUAGUCAGUACGUUUGUAUGUGUUACAUAUCAGUGAUUAUUGCUGUAACGUUUAAAUAGCUGCUCAGUGCUGAAGCUACAACCAUCUCUGCUUGGGGGGAUAUCACUUCACUUGCAAUGAAAGCGGGCGUGGUCCACUGCCGUUGUUCAAAAUGUUAUUCGGUUCCAGCACGGAAGCGGGUUCGUAAGCGAACUCCAGCCCUAACCUUGCUGUCUCUACCUGAGGAGGUCCUCCUCUGUGUGCUCCAGUGCCUCUCUGCUGAGGACCUGCUGUCUGUCCGAGCAGUUCACUCCCAGCUGCGAGACAUCGUUGACAACCACUCCAGUGUUUGGGCCAGAGUCAGUUUCAGGGAUACUUGGCCGUCCCCUAACACCUUAUGGCUCUUUGAAAGAGCUGCUGAGAAAGGGAAUUUUGAAGCUGCCGUGAAGCUAGGAAUUGCUUAUUUGUACAAUGAAGGGCCGUUGUUGAGCGAUGAGGGGCGAGCAGAUUUAUGUGGUCGAAAGGCGUCCCACUUCUUCAGCCUUGCGGAGAGCCUCCACUCUCCCUUGACAGAUCCCUUCAUCUGGGUGUUCAUCCGCCCACCCUGGUCACCCACCGGUAGCUGUUGCAAGGCUGUGGUGUUUGACCGUCUUAAGGCUGAGUGUGACAGCAAUGUGGAGAAGAGAGGACCGUUGUUGCACUGUUUGGCCAGAAUUUUGCAGCUAUUUGAGGAGGAUGAAAAGCGCUCAGAGGCUGUAUCUAUGCUUGAAGAGUCUUCACGGGCUGGCUGUCUGCAGAGCUCCUACAUGCUGUGGGAGUAUAACCGGAAAGCAGCUAUGGCAGAUCCAGGCAGAUACCUCCAGUGCAUUCGAACCCUCAGGGACUAUGCUGGCAAAGGAUGCUGGGAAGCCCAGCUCUCCCUGGCCAAAGUGUGCAGCAGUGGGAAUCCGUUGGGUUUGGAGUCCAAAGCCUGCUCUGAUUUAGUGGCUCAGCUCUUCAGCUGUAACCCAGCAUCACGACACUGCACACAGGGCAUCCUGAAACGUGGCAUUAAGGACACCAUGAGGUAUAUUUUGGUGGACUGGCUUGUAGAGGUGACCACCAUGAAGGACUUUUCCAGCUUGACGCUGCAUGUGACGGUCGGAUGUGUGGACCGCUACUUGGCUCUACGCUCUGUCCCCAAGGCUCGCCUCCAGUUAUUAGGAAUCGCCUGCAUGGUUGUUUGCACACGCUAUAUUAGUAAAGAAAUCCUGACCAUUCGUGAAGCAGUCUGGCUCACAGACAACACAUACAAGUAUGAAGACCUGGUUCGAAUGAUGGGAGAGGUUGUCUCUGUGCUGGAGGGAAAGAUCAGGAGCCCCACGCUGCUGGACUACGGGGAGGUGCUGCUGUCUCUGCUCCCUCUGGAGAGGAGGACCACUCACCUUUUCAGCUACAUCUGCGAGCUGUCACUUCUCUACUCAGCUCUUACCACGCCACCGCCUGCCAAACUAGCCUGUGCUGCUCUGCUGCUUACACGAGCGCUACAUCACUAUGCUCCAGUUUGGCCCAGCCAGCUAGUCGACUACACGGGCUUCUCCAAGCAAGACCUCGUCUCCCUUUCAGUGCUGCUCUAUAUCAAGUGUUUCAGUCAAGAUGUUCCCAAAGAUUACAGGCAUGUGUCUCUUACUGGAGUCAAGCAGCGGUUUGAAGACGAGGCCUACCAGAACAUCAGCAAAGAAAGGGUGAUGGACUAUAAAGAGUUGUGUCAGAUCUUGGAGAUUCCUGACGUUGUGCCUCAGAUGGAGCCUCCCAGUCCUACUGGUCAGCCAGCAGACAUCCACACCUUCCUCGCCUCUCCGUCCAGCACCAGCAAGAGGAGGCGCGAUGAUGCAAUGCAAGCCCACAGAGCCAGCCUCACGGCCACGCCCACGGCAGAGCUGUCCAACCAGGAAGAGAUGCUCCUGGGUGACAUCAUGGACUGGAGUCUGGACACUUCCUGUUCAGGUUACGAGGGCGACCAGGAGGAGGAGAGCGAGGGGGAGAGAGACAGUGAUUCUUCCAUGAUUUCCAUCAAACUGUCCCCGCUGACUGAGGAGGAAAAGAGACUGGAACACUGCAGAGCACUGUCCAGUGAUGAAGACAGCUUCUGUGAAGCAGAAGAGCAUGUGGACAAGGAUGGACAAGCUCAGGAGCCGCUAUCCUUCCCUGCAGAUCUUCACAGUUCAGGAUACUCCUCCAUCCAAAGCAUCAGCCCCUCAUCCACGUGCUCUUCCUCCUCCCUCAUGCCUUGCACAUUCAAGACCUUCACCACAUCUUUGGGCGCAGCCUCCACCAAUGCCCAGCCAGGCUUUCGACUUUUGGUGCCCAUGCAGAGGCCUCGGGGCACCUCAGGCAAACAAGUGAAGAGGAAGAAUUCGGCAGCUCACAGCGGCGGUGAAGUGGAAGGAGAAGGAGACGAGUACUCUGCUAAUGCAGGGUUUCUGAGCCUAUAGAAGCUUCUGAGCUUGUUAAGGCUGCUCGCUGUUCAGCUGUUAUUCUCCAGCACUUUGUUCUCAAUGCUGUUCCUCACUCCUGUCAGCCUGCACUGAUGCAUCAGUCGCCAAAAGAUCAAGAGACUUUAAGAAACAAAGGAGAUAAUAAAUAUGAACUAAAAUACCUCCCAUAAAUAAAGACUCAAAGUUGGCUCUGAAACCACUGGACUUUCCUCAGGAUCCUCAAACAGUCUUUGUUAAACCUGCCUUUUACAACAACCUAUCUCUGAUUGCAUUAGACAGAAAGAAAUAAACCUCAUGGAUUUGUUUUGUAAAAAAACUUCUAAACAUAGGCUGUCAUGUUAUUGUGUUCCGGUUACCGUAGUUUCUGUUAUGCACUGUCUUUACAAGAAUCUCUCUUGUAUUUGUUGAAUGUCAUCAAUAUUUGACAGCUAUCAUCUAGCUGAUGGAAAUGUCUGCAUCUAAAGCCUGAAAAGAUAUUAUUGUAUCGAUUCCUCUUAUUCAGUGGUCCAUCGUUUUAAAUGUUUGCCAAAGGUACUGUAGUGGUGUUUGUUUUCAGGGGCUGAAAUAGAACCAGAGCUGUGAAAUGAGCCUUUUAUUGUGUCUACAGUAUUAUACAUACAUGAACAGUUAGGGUUUUUGUUCAGUAAGGCCUUAAGCACACUAAUUCCACCAGGAACAGCUGAAAAAACUUAAAAUGAGCCGAUAAUGGUACCAAGAAAAGAAUCACUAGCUGGUCGAGUAUCACAAACCUCAUCUUUUCAUCCAGAUGUUUGUUGCUGUAGUCACUAAGUUGUACUUUUUACCCAUGUUUCUUCUUAUCUGAUUCAGGUCUAGCACUUUUUAUCAUCACAGGAGGGCAAGUCAAUGAAAUGUAAGCAUUUCAUGCUUGAACAAUCAAAGCUGAAUCAUUUCUAAGUGGAUUGCGUUGCCUUCCUGGACUGAAAGGGAAGUUUGGUCACUACAGGAACAUUUCUCCUUGGUGGGGUUUCUUAUUCAGGACACAGAGUACACAAUAAUGACUGUGACUUGACUGUAAUUACAUUUUAAAACCGUUACACCAGACUGGUUAUCGCCUGUGUUUUUUUUAUAAGUGUACAUAGUUCUAUAUGUAUAGAGAGACAAGAACAUGCCACUACUUGAAAUUGUUUUUGCGUCAUUCCAAAAAAGGCAGUUUUCUUUGUGAAUUGUCUAUUUUUCUACAGUACAGUGUUUUCUCAAUAGACCUG